AUGCUGGCGCCGGCAGCGCCUCCGGCCAGCCUCGGCCCAGCCUCCCGCAGAGCUUAUGUAAGAGCUCCGGCCGCUGACCCCCGGACCGCGCUGCGGGCGGGCCAGGCAGAGGCCCCUGCCGGUGGCGCUCAGGGCCCCAGAGGCCCGCCGCGGAGCCGGGGGCAGGUCUUGGGGGCUCUGUUGGCGCCCGGCUGCGGCCGGCACGCCUCCUCUCUGGGCCCCGACCCGGGAGGGCGCAAAGCCCGGCUUGCUCCGAAAGGCCCGGUGGCCCCGGGGGUGCGUGAAGCCUGGGCCAAGAAGAGGACACAGGUCCCCCGGCCACCUCACGGAGGGCCGCCUCCCUCCAGAAGCCUCCCUGGGUUGGUGGCCGUCUCAGAGGUCCUGGGCUUUGUCCACAACUGGCACGUGUUCCCCAGCCCUCUGCUCCUGCCCGAGGCCGCUGCUGGGGGUCAGGGGGUCAACAGCUCUGACCAAGGGCACCUUCGGGGUCAGCCCUACCUGGCCAGGAGGAGGGGACGGCCCAUGCCCCUCUUGAAAUUGGGCCAGUGUGUGCCCAGGGCCAGCUGCGAGGAAGGCGGCGGGACAGAGCUGGCCAGUCCACGGCUGCACCUGGCCCCGGGGGCUUCUGGGCUCUGGAGCUCAAGGCUGCCCCUACGUGGGGUCCCGCACGGGAUGCUCUCCGAGCCUCUGCCCGGUGCAGGCUCUUCACGCCAGCCCAGGAAGCCUGAGGUGCCCCACUGGCAGGGCGGGGGUCCCUGCAAGUUCCAGGGGACAUGGUACGUGCUGGGCCUGGGGGGCAACACCCUCAGGCGGGAGGACAGGUCUGUGCUGAGGCCUUUCACCGCGACCUUUGAGAGGAAACAGGACGGCAGCCUGGAGGUGGUGUAUGCCAUGAGACGUCCUGCUUAUCACCCCGCCAGGGUCCCCUCCAGAAGGGUGGGGUCGCAGACCAGCUUGGCAAAGGCCUCCCUGCUCAAGCCCUGUGUGGUCCACUUCAACCCCUGCUGCCGGGUGGCAGGGCUCUGGCGGCCGCCAGGAAGAAGCAUCUGCCCCCUGGUGGAGAAGGGGGUGCAGCAACGCUGGGAGAGCCACGGCGGGGGCCAGGGGCCUCCCCUAGCCGCAGGGGAGGCCCUGUGGCAGGGCAGCAGGGGCACCUGCUCCCCGGGAGGCUCGCCAAGUCCAGGGGCUGGGCCCCGCCCACACUUCAGACCACGAUCCCGCUGGACAAACAGCUCGAUUCUCUCGGGGCACACCUGGGGCCAGCCCCCUCACCCCAGAGAGGCUGGAGGGCCAGGGCCCAACCCGCUUCCGGAACCUUCCGCUCUGCCCAACCCCUCCCACAGGGGCCAGCACUGUGUCACCUGGUCGUAUGUGCUGACGCCGGAGGCCCAGACGGGGCGGUUCUCCGUGAAUGGCAGCAGGGACCCCGAGCAGGUCCAGGUCUUCCACACCGACUACGCCACCUUCGCCAUGAUGUUCUCCCAGCGCCGGGCGGGCGGCCAGAGCAUCCUGCGGGCCCAGCUGCUGUGCAGGCGGUGGGCGCUGGGCUUCUGGCCGCUGAACAACUUCAUCUGCCUGCUCCGGAGGCUGGGCCUCUCCCCGGACAACCUCGUCUUCCCGGGCCUGCCAGCGCUGAGGUGGAGGCAGAACAUCUGUCCGGAGCAGAAGCCCUGAGGCCGGGACAGCGACCAGGCUGCGCCGAGCCGCCGGGGGUGGGGGCU